AUGACGGAGCCGGCGGCUGGGCACGAGGAGUGGCCGGACUACGAGGGGCCGGAGGGGGCGCGGCUUCGGGCGGAGGCGUCGGCCCUCGGCGCACGGCGGUCGGCGCUCUUUGACGAGGCGACGGCGAAGCGCAACGCCGGUGACGUGGCGGCCGCCAACGCGUUGGUGCGAGAGGCGCAGGAGGCGGGACGCGAGAUGGAGGCCCGCAACGCCGCCGCCGCGGAGGCGAUCGCGCGGUACAACAACGAGGCGAAGGGGAAAGGCGACGACUUCCUCGACCUCCACGGGCUGCGGGAGGCGGAGGCCGUCGCCCUCCUCCGCCAGCGCCUCGCCCGCCUCCGCGCAAAGCCGGCGGGGACCGUCACGGCGCUGGAGCUCAUCCCGGGCGCAGGACACCACUCCGCGCCGGGAAAGCAGAAACUGAUGGCCGCCGCACAGGCAGUGCUGAAGGAGGAGCAGCUCAGCUACAAGGAACUCACCGUGGGCUCCAUGAUGGUGGAGGUGGUGGGAACAGGUGAGGCGGCAAAGGCAGCGCCAGUGGAAGAAGCAAAGAAACCAGAGGCAGCGGAAGAGAGGGUUAAACCGGCUGCAGAAGCAGCGCCAAAGAAAGACGUCAAGAAGCCAGAGGCAGCGGCAGACGCUGUUAAACCAGCAGCUGAAGCGGGGCCAAAGGAACGAACAAAGAAGUCAGAAGCUGAUGCUUCUAAAGAGAAGAAGAAGAAAGAGAAGAAAAGCAAAAUUUGCAAGUGUUGUUCGAUUAUGUAG